AUGCCAGCCGGGCAGAGGUCCUCCUCCUUCUCGCACACCCGGACCCCCCCGGCACCCUCGGCAGGGACAGAGGAGGGGACACCGGGGGCCUUGCUGCAGCAGAGGUCCUCCUCCUUCUCGGCCCCCUCGGUGCAGCCCACCCGGGGGUUUUCAGGCCCCGCUGAGCCGUGCGGUCCCAGGGCCGGAGGGGAUGGCAACCAGCUGUGGUACCAGGGCGUCCCGCUCUCCUUCCCCUCUAGCUCUGUGCCCGCCGUCCCAAGCAUGGACUACCAGCAUGCUGCUGCUUAUCCCAGCCCAGCCGGCCACUUUGUGGCCCACGGUCAAAACCACCAGCCCAAUGGCAGGAGUGCGAGGCCCGGGAAAAAAAAACUGGCCUCCCGUGGGCUGACAGCUCCGGAUGCUCCACAGCCGCUUUUCCCGGAGGGCGUGAGCGGCCCGCGGUCGGAUGCCGGGCACCCGGAGGGCUCCAGCACAGCAAAGGUGAAGCUGCCCUGCCAGACCCUCCUUCCGCAGCCGGAGCAAGGGCCAUCAGCAGCAGAGCUGAAGCUGGAGGCACUGACCCAGCGCCUGGAGCAGGAGAUGGAUGCGCGGCCGAAGGCCGAUUACUUUGGCACCUGCGUGAAGUGCAGCAAGGGGGUGUACGGAGCGAACCAGGCCUGCCAGGCCAUGGGCAACCUCUACCAUGAUGGCUGCUUCACCUGCGGAGCCUGCAGUCGAAAGCUGAGAGGAAAAGCCUUUUAUUUUGUCAAUGGCAAGGUGUUCUGUGAAGAAGAUUUCCUGUAUUCGGGUUUCCAGCAGUCAGCUGACAGGUGUUUCAUUUGUGGUCAUUUGAUAAUGGACAUG